GAGAACAGUGUGUUACCCAUGGUGAACACUGAACAGCUCAGGGUUUGCUACACAAAUUACAGGACUGGGUACUAACAGCUGACUGAGUAUCUCGGAUAAGCUAUAGUUCCUUGCUUGAUCAUAAGAUUCCUAUCCCUCACAGUAAUCAUCCAGACGUUCAUGCCAACUGAAGGUGUGUGUUUGUAGCAUCAUGGUCACUCACAGUAAAUUUGACAUGGUGAUGAGCAGCCGCCACCUCGCCCCUCAUCGCUACAAGACAUUCAGCUCAAAGCUGCAGUACCAGAUGGUGCUGCGGGCAGUAUGUCGACUCCAGGAGAGCGGCUUCUACUGGGCCUCCAUUAGCGGAAAGGAGGCGGGUGCCAUGCUUGCCUCGCAGCCUAGCGGUACCUUUCUCAUCCGUGACAGCGCAGACCAGCAGCACUUCUUCACGCUUAGCGUCAAGACGCCGUCAGGCACCAAAAAUGUCCGUGUCCAGUGUGACAACUACGCCUUCUUCCUACAGACAGAGCCUGAGGGUGAGCGGGCAGCACCACGCUUCGACUGCAUGCUCAAGCUCGUGACCCACUACAUGUUCUCAAAAAGGGAUGCUACAGCCAGAGGCAACCAGCGAAGUGCAUACUACAUCUACUCAGGAGGGGAAAAGGUACCUUUGGAACUGCUCAGGCCCUUAUUAACCACCAUGGCCUCACUAAAGCACCUGUGCAGAAAGACAGUCAACGGUCACCUGGAUGUUUCAAACAAGAGUGAAGAGCUACCUCUGUCACUCAAGAACUACUUGGAGGAGUAUGAUGCUUCUAUUUAAAUGAUAAGAAAGAUGAGCAGCUGAUGAAUGAAACUACAGAAUGGAGUAAGCCAAAUGUGCUGGUCUAAUGUAGACACAGUGGCAUCCAGGACAUGAACAAGGCAGCUAUCAGGACUUAAGAGAUGGAAGGGAAUGAUCUAAUGCCCAUUCCAGAGAUUCAGAGUGGAAGUACGGCAAAGUGGAGAAAAUUUGCUGCGAACUACCACAUCAACGAGCCAGCCUCUGGGGAAAAAUGAACUUUAAUGGACAGUCCUAACUGUUCACUAUCAUAAUACAGCUCACUGUUUGGGGCCUAUGGAAACUGCCUGGCUAAGCAAAAUAAUUAGCAGGUAUAACAGCCAGUCUUUGUAAACAGUUGCAGUAUUCCUAUGAUCUUGUCAGUGCCUGUAAUGUGAUCUACUCUUCAUGCCCGCAUGGGCACCAGCCUCCGCUUCUUCAGAGUUAUUUAUCCAAAAAUUUCCACAGUUAGCGGAAACCACUCAUCGCCUCUUUCCAAGUAAAUAUUUGUGCCUUUUAUGGACAAAGAAAGAACUGAAAAACAGCAUAGCACUCAAGCCAAAUGGAGUAGAUGAUCAUGAGAAAUAACUGCAGGGCAUUAAAAUAUAAAUGAAUGUUUUUUUUAAAACCUAUGACUGUGAGAGGCAGGACCAGAUCUAAUCCUUGUGUUCAUGUGAGGAACAGAGUAGCAAAAACAGCUUUCUAGUGAAUGUAUUUAUUUUUUUUAUUUUUUUUAUUUAUUUUUUUUAAACUUCUGUAUUUCAAAGAAAGGGCUAAAGUUCACCCUCACUGUCUUACUUUAACAAGACAUCGUUUACGUGUGAAGAUUUUUUUACCUGCUGAUUUAACUGUUAACGCUAGGUCUGUUUAUUUUAAUUCAUGUGAAUGGGGUAAAAAGUGAGGAGAAUUGCAACAAAAUGCAAGCAGACUGAAAUACUUUGCACAUAUUUAUUUUUGUACUUCAUUUUGUGAUAAUUUAUAUUAAAGAGCACUAUUUUUCUAUAAAAGAAA